AUGACGGACGAGCCGAUAAAGAAGAAACAGCGUCGUCUGAAGGCGAACGGUCGUGAACGUCAACGUAUGCAUGGAUUGAACGAUGCGCUCGACGUGCUUAGACAGGAACUAUAUCUUGGCACUCAGCGAAUUCUUGAGACAGGACGUCAACCUAGUCCACUCGAAUACGCUCACCAGCUGUCCAUUGGCCUGAGUCAGACUACUACAAAUAUGCUUGCCAACCUUCUUACAGGUGUGGUUUCUUCAGAACCUUAUAAAUUACCGGUCCAACCUCGUCUCCUUCUGGUUCCCUCAUCCCCAGGAGCAAUGAGUCACUCAUCGCCGACAGCCGGUCCUGCUUAUCCUCAGCCGUUACCGUAUGACUACAGUGGCGGCUCAGAUAGCAGUUUCGACAGUUCCACCAGUUGCUAUCGGUAUAAUCCCUACAUGGGCUGA